AUGAAUACACGAACUCUUACUAUUUUCGUGGCGUUGAUGGUUUCUGGUGUCAUUGCGGUGCCGAUUGAUCGCUUUACUGAGGACGAUGCUUUUCAGUUGAGGAGGGGAUUGAAUACUACUACCGGUACUGUGCAUGUAGCACGAAAUGAUUAUCCGAGCGUGGGAGAUGUAGUUCUUACUUUUUAUGCGAGGAAUGGGGAGUUUUUUCAACAAACUUUUGCCGUGGAUGGAAAUAACUAUGUUAUUGAUAAUCCCCUCAAGAUCGCAAAGAUAGUCGCGGAAGGAACGGGAUAUUGUGCGAUCACGGGGUAUUCGGGAAGUUUUACUCAGACGCAGAAUACGUGUGGACCGUUAACGGUUAGUCCGGUUAGUGUGCAGGUUUGGGGACAGUGUAGUACGGCGUUGCCGGUGGAGGGGUUUGGGUUGGAUGUUGUGCCUAAUUAG